UGCAGCUGCUGCUCUCCACCGACUCACAGUGACACAAGAGAGAGCAACCAAACUUAAAAAAGGUUGAGAGAUCCAGCUCAGCUUUAAAGCCUCUGUUCAAGUCUUGAACACACACGUGACAGUUCCAGCACUUUGUGGAGGUUGGCAUGCCCUGGACCAGACCCCAGGUUGACCUUCAUGCUGGUAGAGCAGAGACCAUGGUUCAUUAUAGCAUAGACGACCACCACUACGAGGGCUCCCUGUUCCCCGCCUCCACCCUCAUCCCUGUCACUGUCAUCUGCAUCCUCAUCUUCAUCAUCGGGGUGACCGGAAACACCAUGACCAUCCUCAUCAUCCAGCACUUCAAGGACAUGAAGACAACGGCCAACCUCUACUUGUCCAGCAUGGCGGUGUCCGACCUCAUCAUCUUCCUCUGCCUGCCUUUUGAUCUCUACCGCCUGUGGAAGUACGUGCCGUGGCUCUUCGGCGAGGCGGUUUGUCGCUUCUAUCACUACAUCUUUGAGGGAUGCACCUCCGCCACCAUCCUUCACAUCACGGCCCUGAGCAUCGAGCGCUACCUGGCCAUCAGCUUCCCUCUCAGGAGCAAGGUGCUGGUGACCAGGCGCAGGGUCCAGUACAUCAUCCUCGCCCUGUGGGGUUUCGCUCUGGUCUCGGCAGCUCCAACACUCUUCCUGGUUGGAGUGGAGUAUGACAACGACACACACCCCGACUACAAUACAGGGCAGUGCAAACACACCAGCAACGCCAUCAUCUCUGGACAGCUGCACAUCAUGCUCUGGGUGUCCACCACCUACUUUUUCUGCCCAAUGCUCUGCCUCAUCUUCCUCUACGGCUCCAUCGGGUACAAGCUGUGGAAAAGCAAAAAUGACCUACAAGGCCCCUGUGCUUUGGCCCGGGAAAGGUCCCACAGGCAAACAGUCAAGAUCCUAGUGGUGGUGGUGCUGGCUUUCAUCAUCUGCUGGCUGCCCUACCACAUUGGCAGGAACCUCUUUGCUCAGGUGGACGACUACGACACGGCCAUGCUGAGUCAGAAGUUCAACAUGGCCUCCAUGGUGCUCUGCUACCUCAGCGCCUCCAUCAACCCUGUCGUCUACAACCUCAUGUCUCAGAAGUACAGGGCUGCAGCCAAACGCCUGUUCCUACUGCAUUGUCGAUCCGGACAAGCCAACCAGGGCCAGAGGCAGCUCUCCCACAUCUCCACCCUGAACGAAAGCCUGACGGUGGUUUGAGAAGCCACACUCUGAGAAGUGGCUUUUUUUUUUUUUUCCUCAUCAAAGGAGAGAUUCUUUAGAGUUCAGGAGCUGCAGCUAAAGAGGAACAACCCCUAACAACGUACAGACCAAUGGGGUUGAGAUUUGCCCAGCACUCAAUUGCUCAGUUUAAAGAGAAAUGAGGAUUUUCAAGCAUGACACAUUUAAAUGUAUCUUACAAGAACAUUUGAAUUCAGCUAACUCUGACAGAAACCAUUAUAUCUAUUUUUCAACCUCAUGUCAAGUAUUUACCUCUACCAUAAGUUUGGUUCUCUUGCUUCAUGUCAUGAACACAUGCACCAUUUCAGUUCACAAAAAUCAUCAAUCCACAGAACUGAUUAAUAAGUGAUCCCUCUCUGUUCAUGACAAAUGGUGUUCAUUGAAAUGUCUGCUCAUUUAUAUUGUUUAAUCGUUGUCUUAGCUGCAUCGAAUUUGUUGAAAUGUUGUUAUCAUGCUGUAUGUUGGAUGUCCUUAUUAAUGAAGAGAAUCAAAACAAGUAAACCCAUUAGCUGUGGAACAUUCGUUGACCUGAUAAGGUUUGAUUGUGUGUGUCUGCAUGUGUGCGUUCAUAUGUGUUUGUAUGUUUGCAGGGCUUUGUACCUUCUCUCCUGUUUGAUAGAACAUAUAUUUGAUGAAAGUAGAUUACUAUGGAAAUGGGCGCAGUUUUGUGUGUGUGUGUGUGUGUGUGUGUGUGUGUGUGUGUGUGUGUGUGUGUGUGUGUGUGUGUGUGUGUGUGUGUGUGUGUGUGUGUGUGUGGCAUACAGAGGCCACCUGAGCCUUAAGGUUUUGGGGCUGCGUACGUGCUGGUCAUCACAUGUAAUCUGACACUGCUAUUACAUUACCUGGGCUCUGAGUUAGAUUUGUGCUGGCAGCCAAUGUCCCUGCAUCACCAUAUUCAAAGUAAUGGCUGCUCUAAAAGCAUUUCAAAGAGGAAUAAAGAUAUUAGGUUGUCAGCAGUGGCAGAGCUUAUUGCUUUUAUCGCCUCUUUUUGCAUAAUCUUGACACCAUUGUACAAAUCUGUUUUGAUGUUGCAUUUUGAAUGAGAAAUUGUGCACUUUUGUACACCAUGCACUGUGGCAAGAAAGGUAAUGUCAAAGUUAUGUAUUUUUAACCUGAACA